CUAGUAGCCUGAUCAGGAAGUGGCGGGCGGAGCCCCCGGCCGAAUCGCACCGCCUCAGCCGCCGCCGCUACCGCCGCCGCCAGUGCGGGGACCCCGACCUGGCGGGGCUGCGCUGGGCGUGCGUGCGGGCAGGCGGGGGCGCUGACGAGGAGCAGGAAGCGGUGGCCACGCGGGCGUGGGCGGCUGGUCGAGGUGGAGGCGCUGGGAGGCGGCGGUCGGUCGCGUGGGGCGGCCCUCCUUGCUCAGUUAUUAGAGUCGUUUUGGCUGCAAAGUCUAGAGGCAUGCUCCAGAUCCAAACACUACGGUACCUUUUCGUCCAUCUCUCCAUUCCUGUGAUUUAAGAGAAUUAUGGAUCCAAGCCUGUUGAGAGAACGGGAGCUGUUCAAAAAACGAGCUCUCUCCACUCCUGUAGUAGAAAAGCGUUCAGUAUCUUCUGAAUCAUCAUCAUCAUCAUCAAAGAAGAAGAAAGCAAAGCUAGAACAUGGAGGAUCAUCAGGCUCUAAACAAAAUUCUGAUCAUAGCAAUGGAUCAUUUAACUUGAAAGCUCUAUCAGGAAGCUCUGGAUAUAAGUUUGGUGUUCUUGCCAAGAUUGUGAAUUACAUGAAGACACGACAUCAGCGGGGAGAUACACAUCCUCUCACUUUAGAAGAAAUUUUGGAUGAAACACAACAUUUAGAUAUAGGACUCAAGCAGAAACAAUGGCUAAUGACUGAGGCAUUAGUCAAUAAUCCCAAAAUUGAAGUAAUAGAUGGGAAGUAUGCCUUCAAGCCCAAAUACAACUUGAAAGAUAAGAAAGCCCUACUUAGGCUGUUAGAUAAGCAUGACCAGCGAGGCUUAGGAGGAAUUCUUUUAGAAGACAUAGAGGAAGGACUCCCCAAUUCCCAGAAAGCUGUCAAGGCUUUGGGGGACCAGAUACUAUUUGUAAAUCGUCCUGAUAAGAAGAAAAUUCUUUUCUUCAAUGAUAAGAGCUGUCAGUUUUCUGUGGAUGAAGAGUUUCAGAAACUCUGGAGGAGCGUCACUGUGGAUUCAAUGGAUGAGGAGAAAAUUGAAGAAUAUCUGAAGCGACAGGGUAUUUCUUCCAUGCAGGAAUCCGGACCAAAGAAAGUGGCCCCUAUUCAGAGGAGGAAAAAGCCAGCUUCACAGAAAAAGCGACGGUUUAAGACCCACAACGAACAUCUGGCUGGAGUGCUGAAGGACUACUCUGACAUUGCUCCUGGCAAAUAGCAAACAGUUUUGUUCAUGAGCAAAGAGUUAACAAAGUCAAGAUCUUUCUUGUUGAUGCUGGGGUCUGAAGACUGUCUUCCCAUUCUACUUCUUAGGACUGAGGAGAGGAGCAGUUCAGUUUACAGAACAAGAGCAAAUUACCAAACUCAAAGCUUACUUUAAUUGAAUGGGCUAAUGAGAUAUGUGAUAUUCCUUGUUAACCUCUGUUACUUCUGGGGGAAAGGCGCUUAGCAUGGCAUGCAAGUGUCUUUGCUACUUAUCUCUAUUUCUAAGUGGUUCCUGGUUCCAUUUCUCUUCCUUUAUUACUUUAGAACAAGUUUGCAGAUAAAUAGUCUUGAAUGCAAUAUUUGUUUAUUCCAGAAGAGCAUAUUUAUAAUAAAAUCAUUGUAGAAGGAACUCUAA